AUGUGUCACUUAUGUUAUUCAAUGCACCCAUUUCGCGAACUCCAAUCUAUAACACAGAACGGCUAUUCAAACCACAUACUUCAUACUUCACUUCCCGAGUCACCUGUUAAUCCUCAUUUCGGAAAGUAUAACUACCGAUCUAAUAUGACAGUAACAACUGAUAGUUACACCUCUGGAUCCGCGUACCACAGUCAUGGACAUACUACACAUAAUCACGUCCACCAUGGAAUACUGCAUCAUGUUCAUUCCAAUCCUAACAAUGUCACCGCCCUCACUGUUCCACAGGAUAGCAGUCAAGUUCGCGUUUGGGAUAUUUGGGCCCACAAUUUUCAUGAGGGAAUGCGCCUUGUCCGUAGACUUGUACGAGAAUGUCAGUAUGUUGCGGUAGAUACAGAGUUUCCAGGUGUUGUUGCAAAGGUUUUUGGUGAGUACGCCAACAGUUUUGAACAAGCCUACCACAAUAUUAAAGUUAAUAUUGACAUGCUUAAACCAAUACAGAUUGGGUUUAGUUUUUUCGACGAGAGUGGUCAGACGGUCGAUUCGGUCUCAACUGUGCAGUUUAACAUCAAGUGGAAUGUUGACAAUGAAAUGCAUGCGGCCGAUUCUAUUCAAUUAUUGGAAGUUUCUGGAAUAGACUUCGAUAAGUUAAAAAGAACAGGAGUUGAACUUAGUGAUUUCGCAGAGGCCUUUCUUACCAGUGGUCUUCCGCUGAAUGACAAAAUAACGUGGAUAGGGUUCCACAGUGCCUACGAUUUUGCCUAUUUGAUGAAGAUUUGUACAGAUUGGAUGAGGAUGCCGGACAACUUCUUGGAGUUUCAAAAGCUGUUGUUGAUUUUCUUUCCCAAGAUAGUAGAUCUAAAGUCAAUGAUGAGUGAGCACAAGUUCCCCAAGAGUGGAUUACAAGAGUUAGCCGACUUAAUGAGAGUACCACGUAUCGGCUUACAGCACCAAGCUGGAAGUGACGCAAUGCUCACAGGUGAAACGUUCUUCAGAUUCCUGGAGGAGCAUAGUGGUGGGAAAAUUGACCAACGGGUUCUAAACCUUGUCUACGGUCUAAAUUAUUGUCCCAACGGUGUAUCUAAUACUUGGAUGCAAAUGAACGGUUCGAGUCCUCAACAUGAUUCGGAGUCUUCCGCAGGUCACAACGUUUCAUAUGCGUCAUCAAUCUUUCGUAACAAUGUUCAUAGUGCCGAUCAUUCCGGUCGCACAUCGCCUGCUGAUUCGACAGGAGGUCACAAAAGUAGCUAA